CAACGAAAUGUUACGUGUCGGUGUGUCGGAAACAACCGAGGGAAGCCGAUGUAUAAAAUAAUGUGUAUUGUGUCCAUGUAUUUCUCCGCGACGCACGGUGGGGGUAUUAUUUCUCCUCUAUCGCGCAGCUACCUUGGCUCUUCCUCGGCUUCUUUCAGUUUUCCGACACACCGACACGUAACAUUUCGUUGUGUGCGAGGUGUGCUGGGCUCGAGAGAAGGGGUCGAAAUGUUCCGCGAUCUGACUUCACUGAUUUGAAUUUGAAUUAAUUUCAAACCGUUGUUGAAAGCGCUUGUUAAAUGACGAGUGAUUUAGUAGAUAGUAUUAAAGUUGCCAUCAAGAUUAGACCCUUGAUUAAAAGAGAGAAAGAAGAAAAUCUUCCAAAGCAAAGGACAGUAGAAGGAAAUUAUAUAGCGUCUACGGAUCAAGAGAUGAGGAAACGUGGAGACGGUGGAUUUAAUUUUGAUCACAUCUUUGAUGAGACAACUUCAAAUAAAGAUGUAUUUGACACCGUCAUAAAACCUAUUGUUGAUGCAGCAGUAAAUGGUUUUAAUGGAACAGUUAUUGCAUAUGGUCAAACAAGUUCUGAAAAGACGUUUACUAUGAUGGGAGGUUUAAAUGAACCUGGAAUUAUAAUGCUAGCUAUUGAACACAUGUUCGAUGCCAUUGCUAAUACAUUUAAAAGAGAAUUUUUAUUAAGGUUUAACGUUAUUUAGGUAUAAUAUCAAAAUACAUUCUAUUUGUUUCAUAAUGAAACAUUUAAAGAUGAUAAGACAAGUUUAAAUAUAUAUGUAGGAAAGUUUUAAGUGUAGCAGAGGUAGACAAAAACUAGUAUUCAGUCCUUUCUGUAGAUCUUGUUUUAUUGAAAAGGAAAAAUCUAUUCAGAUUAAAAGAAAAGAUUAGGUGGGCCAUAAAACCAUAAACGAACCUUGAGGGUUAUUAGGAUAUUGGUGUAAUA